CUCAAUGAACUCCAACAAAAGUCCUAUAUGUGUUAAUGAUCUUCAAAAAACCCUUCUUUCUUCUCAAGGUAUCAUUUCAUUUUUUGAUGCUCCAUUAAUGGCUUCCAAAGGUGAGCAAAAUUUGCUGCAAGCUCCAUGCUUCAUAGGGCUGCAUGAUGAUGAUAAUAAUAAUAACAAGAAGAAGCAUGCAAUUGCAAAACAAGAAGAUCAUAAUUGGAUGAUCAUGCAUAGAGAUGAUGAUGAUCAUGAAGAUGCCUACACUAACAUGUCUUCUUCUUCUUCUUCUUCAUCCCUUGGAGAUUCAAGUAUAACUAAUUCCCAUGGAUCAACAUCUUCUUCGGACUUGGUUGAUGAUGCUUCUUCUUCAAACUCUUCUUCAAAUUCUAAUAAUGGACCUUUGUUUGAAUUCUCAGACCUCAUGGCUCAACUCCCCAUCAAGAGAGGGCUUUCUAAAUUUUUCCAAGGGAAGUCACAGUCUUUCACAUCUCUGUCCAGAGUGAAGAGCAUAGAAGACUUGGCAAAGAAAGAGAGUCCUUACAGAAAGAAAAUGAAGACAUGUAAAAGUUAUGCCGGUGGAUUGGAUAGUCAUAAAUCAUAUGUUCUUGAUCCAAAGGCCACCAUAUCAAAGAAAUCUUCAAGAAGUUCUUAUUCUUCUUUAUCUUUUCCUGGUAGAAGAAUCUCCUUUCUAGCUAAUAGUAGGCCUCCUCCAGCUCCUGUACAAAAGCACUUUUGAUUAUUGUGAUCUGUAAACUUAUCAAACCAAUCCCAGUUGAAUGAUUUGAUUCACCAUAUACACAAA